CAAGCCACUUGAUCUACUCCUGAUCAUCACUGUCUAGCUACCCACCACCAUGCUCCUCUUCAUCUUUCUCUUCCUCCUCCUCUCUUCCAAUAUACAUACCGCACUUUCUGCCCAUUGUACCACAGUCACCGCCACCAAAACUUUUCAAAAAUGCAUGACACUCCCUUCCCAACAAGCCUCCAUAGCAUGGACCUUCCAUUCCCACAAUGCUACUUUAGACCUCGUUUUCUUUGGUACCUUCAUUUCACCCUCUGGCUGGGUUGGAUGGGGCAUCAAUCCUGCUUCCUCAGAAAUGACUGGAACUCGUGCCUUAAUCGCCUUUAAGGACCCAAACUCCGGCCAAAUUGUCCUAUUACCAUACAUCCUUGACCCAACUGUAAAGCUCCAAAAGAACCCUCUCCUUUCUCGCCCCCUUGAUAUCAGCCUCCUAUCCACGUCUGCCACCUUCUACGGUGGCAAAACUGCCACAGUUCACAAUGGUGCUACAAUCCAAAUAUAUGCCACAUUGAAGCUUCUACCAAACAAGACAAAGAUCAACCACGUGUGGAACCGUGGCCUUUAUGUCCAAGGCUACUCACCAACCAUCCAUCCAACUACCUCUAACGACCUUUCCUCCCAUGCCACCAUUGAUGUCCAGUCGGGCUUAGCUAUGGCUCAACACGACAACAUCAAAACUCUGAAAAUCGUGCAUGGGAUCAUAAACGCCAUCUCGUGGGGGCUUAUACUGCCUAUAGGAGCAGUGACGGCACGCUACCUAAGGCACAUACAAGCACUAGGGCCCGCAUGGUUUUAUGCUCAUGCAGGCAUGCAACUUUUUGCACUUUUCCUUGGAACCGUGGGGUUUGCGAUAGGAAUUCGACUUGGAGAGCAGUCACCGGGCGUGGAAUAUGGACUUCACAGGAAGCUUGGGUUUGCGGCAUUUUGUUUAGGAGGGUUGCAGACACUUGCACUAUUGUUUAGGCCUAAAACUACAAACAAGUUUAGAAAGUAUUGGAAAUCUUACCACCAUUUUGUUGGGUAUUCUUGUGUGGUGCUUGGGGUUGUGAAUGUUUUUCAAGGUUUUGAGAUAAUGGGAGCGAGCAGGUCUUAUGCUAAGUUGGGUUAUUGUUUGGGGCUCUCUACCUUGAUUGGUGUAAGCAUAGCUCUGGAGGUAAAUUCAUGGGUUAUUUUUUUUAGAAAAGCAAAUGAAGAGAGGCUGAGAAGAGAACGACUAACUGAUAAAUAUGAUAAAGGGAGUGGAAGCCACAGUUGAUAAAAUGACCCGAUCAAUUUUUGUGCCAUUUAAAAACUUCUUAAUGCUUACCUUCUGCUGCUCUGAUGUAACUUAAUUGUGUGAAUCAUCUUCGU